UUCUCCAAACUUGUACCAUAAACCACUUAUUACAGAAAAAGAAAAAAAAAAAACAGUUGUUUGGAUACUGAGAAAAGAUAAGAAAAUAUGGAUCGUUGGGAUUCUGAGGAGGGUGGUGGAGGAAGCAUUCACCUGCAGAUAUCAGACCUCAACAGGCUGAGUGAUAACAUUAGUCCAGUCACAACAAUGUUUGAGCCUCAAAAUAGUAUAGAGAAAAGGGACAGUAGCAAUGCAAAUUCUGGUUCUACAGCCUUACCAACAGUUCGAGCACCAGAAAAGAAGCUGACCCUUUUCGCUCUUCGCCUUGCUGUUCUUGAAAAAACAGCAACUGGCCUUGGAACACUUGGUUUCAUCUGGGCAACAGUUGUUCUUCUUGGUGGUUUUGCCAUUACUUUGGACAAGACUGACUUUUGGUUCAUCACAUUCAUAUUGUUGAUUGAAGGAGCUAGAAUAUUUAGCCGUAGUCAUGAGCUUGAGUGGCAACAUCAGGCAACAUGGUCCAUAACUGAUGCUGGAAUCAACAGCUUUCGUGCUCUGAAGUCCAGCUCAACCUUCCUGAUUGGGAACAUCAAAGCAGUUUUCAGCCCCUUUUUUGUAGCUGGGAAAAGAGGCCAAUGCAGUAGAGAAAUAGCAGCAACUGGUGGUGGAGCUAAUGCACAGAACUGGAAUUGCCAAAGGAAACCAACUCGAAGAUGGACAAGCUCAGAGGUGCCUCUACUACCAUAUGCCAGAUGGGUUUUUGUUACAAAACAUAUCAGUAAGCUUCUUUAUUGGCUUCAAGUUUUGUCAGCAACAGCUUGUGUUGUUCUCUCAGCAAUGAAACUUAUCAAACACAACUAUGGUGAGGUAGCUAAAGGAGAUACUGACAAGAGGAAUAGAAAAGCUGCUUUGACUAUUUUCUAUGCCUUGGCCUUGGCUGAAGCUCUGUUGUUUCUGAUGGAGAAAGCUUAUUGGGAGUGGAAGGUCACCUACUGCAAGCUGCUUGAUGAGGUAAACAAAGAGAGCGAAUUGGGAGGAGCUUCUGGUAUGGUUUCAAUUAGGAGGUUCUUCUAUGAUGCCUAUUCGAGAUGCGUUAAUGGAAGCAUAUUUGAUGGUUUGAAGAUGGACAUGGUUACUUUUGCAAUGGAUCUUCUGGCUUCUAAUUCCCCUGAUGAGCAGCUCAUUGGAGCGAGAAUUCUUCGCCAAUUUUCGCUGAAUCCACACUACUCUGAUGACACCUUGCAGAAGAUUGGACUGAACUUUCCAGUUAUUGAAAAACUAGUUGAGAUGUUGAAUUGGAGUGAUCCACAAGAAGAAGAGAGCAGAAAAUAUGCUGCUGAGAUUUUGUCAAAGCUGGCAGGAAAGAAGCAAAACUCGCUUCGUGUGGCUGGGAUACCUGGUGCAAUGGAAUCAAUAUCAUCUCUGCUCCAAACCAACCGAAUCUCAGGCGGUGCAGCUGAUGAGAUUGGUGAAAGAAACAUCAUUUGUGACCAUCCAAACUAUGAGUUUUGGAAGUUCAAUCAUUUAGGACUCCUGAUCUUGAAAAAGCUUGCUCGUGACCAUGACAUCUGUGGCAAGAUUGGAAACACAAGGGGUCUCUUACCAAAAAUCAUUGAUUUUACUCAUGCUGAAGAGUGGUUGCUGAAGAAUGACAAUGCUGCAGCAUCCCAGAUUCUGACAGUGAAACGUUCCUUACAAGUAGUCAAGAGGCUGGUGAGCACAACGGGCACCACAGGGAAACUUCUAAGGAGAGAGAUUUCUGAGGUAAUAUUCACAGUCAGCAACAUCAGAGAUAUUCUAAGGUAUGGAGAGAAACAACCAAUGUUGCAACAACUUGGGAUAGAAAUCUUAACCAGUCUGGCAUUGGAAGAAGAUGCAACAGAAAGGAUUGGCGGUACAGGUGGAGUUCUUAAAGGGUUGUUCAAUAUCUUCUUCAAAGAAGGAUUGCCUCAGAACUAUGAACAAGUGAGAACUGCAGCUGGUGAAGCUCUAGCAAUGCUGGCAUUGGAAAGCAAAAACAAUUGUCAUCGUAUGUUAAAGUUGGAGGUACUAGAAAGGCUUGUUGGAGCUUUGGAAGUUCCCUUGCUGCGAGUUAAUGCUGCUAGAAUUUUGAGAAACUUGUGCACUUACAGUGGAGAAAAUAGCUUCAAGCAGCUUAAGGGAGUCACUGCUGCAGCACCUACUGUGAUUCAAGCAAUCAUGUCAGGAGAGAACAAACUACAGGAAGUAAUGGUUGGCCUAGCAGCACAUGUUUUCAAAUUCAUGGAUUCCCAAGAAUCAAGCCAAAUGUUUAAGAGAGCUGGGAUCACUGAAGCUGAAUUGGCUUAUGCUUUAGUCCAAAUCCUGAAGAAGUACCAAAAACCCCAUGUUAAAAUUCCAAGAAUAAGGAGGUUUGCCAUUGAGUUGGCCAUUUGGAUGAUGACAAACAAAGCAUCAAAUGUAAGAAUCUUCAAGGAUUUAGGGUUGGAGAAGGAGUUGGAGUGUGUCUUGGAGACCACUGCAGAGCUUGAGAGCUUUAAUAUGUUCUCAGGUACUGUUGGAAUGAGCCGGCAUAGCACAACUAUUCAUUCUUUGGUUGAGGCUGCAUUGAAUUUACUAAUGGAGGAUUAAAAUCUUCUAUAAAGAGAAAAUUGUAUUCAUAUUAUUUAUACUGGACUCAAAUUGCCCAGAUCAGGUGAAAUAAUCUGUAAAUAAGCCUUGUAUACAGAUAUUAGGAGAUUCUUUUGCAAUUUUCUUUGAUGAAAAAUGCAUAUACCAAGUAAUACGAAUGAUUGAAUUUAUUAUUAAAUGUUUUCUAUUGUCUUCUAAGAGGAUGUAUCUUUA